GCCAGAUAAUCGCUCCCCGCAGGACUCAGAUGUGGAGCGAGCGUUACAGGUGGAGCAGAGUGUCGAGCCGGAUCCAGGACCAGAAACACAGCAGCAGUCUCAGCGGUCUCUGCAGAUCCCGACAGCCUGUCCCGAGGUGGGCACCGUUAAGAUGAUCGCCUCCAGCAUCCCUCACCAGUAGCUGGGCAGCAUGGCUUCUGCUCCUCCUUCCAGAGAAGACACCAGUCGCUCAUUAGCACUGCACUGGAGGCUAACACCGACAUAGAUACUCACCACGCUGGACGCCGACUUCAGACUGAACCGAAGCAGGCUGAGCUGCACCCCACAGGCCUGGUUAAACAUACUUAUGAACUGCCUUCAGAGGAUGACUUGUGCCAGGGCGGCACAUGUCCAGCACAGUGACGUCACCACAGUGUAACAACAGCGACAUCUGGACUGAGACUGUGGACCAUGCUCUGUCUCUGAUCGGGUGCUUUGGUGGCAGAGCUGGACUGUGCAGCUCUUCCACACUAAGACAAACCUGGACUCUGAGCCAUGUCUCUUCUCUCAGCCCUGAGCAUCGUCUGUGGAUUGAUGCUCCAUGUUUCAUUUAGUGCGCUCAGCAAUCACUACUGUGUUCCCCGAAUGACCGUCCCCUACCAGAACGAGCUGAAGUUGUUCAGAGAAGAGGGGAUCUUCAACUACUCCACUAUGCUAAUGAGAGAUGACCUGGGCGUGCUGCUGCUGGGAGCCAGAGAGGCCAUUUACGCUCUGGACAUUAACAACGUCUCUGUCAGGAAGGAUGUGGUGUAUUGGCGAGUUACCGAGGAGAAGCAGAGGGAGUGCAAGUACAAAGGAAAACAUGCCGAGGUGGAAUGCCGUAACUACAUUCGGACCCUGCACAAAAUGAACGAGACUACAAUGUAUGUCUGUGGCACCAAUGCUUUUAGCCCCGCCUGUGAUUACAUGACGUUUGUUAAUGGACAGCUGAGGCUCAAGGGAAAGCAGCAGGAGGAGGGAAAGGGGAAGUGUCCUUUUGAUCCCUUCCAGAGAUACUCCUCCCUCAUGGUGGGAAAUGACCUGUAUUCUGCUACAUCCAUCAACUUCUUGGGCUCUGAGCCGGUGGUUCUGCGCAGCUCAGACUUGGCUCUCCGCACUGAGUUUAAGAGCUCCUGGCUCAGCGAGCCAAACUUUAUCUACAUGGACUAUGUGGCUGAGAGUGUUAAUAGUCCUGAUGGUGACGAUGACAAGGUGUACAUGUUCUUCAGUGAGAAUGCCAUGGAGUACGACUUCUACAGCAAAGUUGCAGUGUCGCGAGUGGCCCGUGUCUGCAAGGGGGAUAUGGGCGGCCAGCGGACGCUGCAGAGGAAAUGGACGUCGUUCCUGAAAGCUCGUCUGGAUUGUUCCCUCCCUGAACCCAGCCUGCCCCCCAUUGUCCAGGAUGUCUUCCUGCUGAAAGACGAUGACUGGAGGAGGAGUGUCUUCUACGCUGUCUUUACUCCGCAGUCGAGCUUGUCCCAGGUGUCGGCAGUAUGUGCGUACACUGUGUCCUCCAUUCGAGAUAUUUUCAAUGAGGGCAAGUUUAAGACACCUGUCGCCGUGGAGACAUCUCACGUCAAGUGGGUGAUGUACACUGGAGACGUGCCUGUACCCAGACCAGGAGCGUGCAUCAAUAAUGUGGCACGUAAAAUGGGAAUGAAUCGCUCGCUGGACCUUCCUGACAAAACCCUCCAGUUCAUCAGGGACCGUCCCCUCAUGGACGAGGCUGUGCGCCCGCAGACAGGAGGGCCGCUGCUGGUCAAGAAGGGAGCUUUGCUGACUCGGAUUGUCGUGGACAGUGUGUCGGCUCUGGAUGGAAAGACACAUGCCGUCAUGUUCAUUGGCACUGAAAACGGUUAUGUUCAGAAGGCCGUCAACUACGAUGGAGAGAUGUUCAUCAUUGAGGAAAUUCAACUGUAUGAAAACCCCGUGCCUAUUAGCAUCCUGCGCCUCUCAUCCAGCAAGGGCCAACUGUAUGCAGGCUCAGAGUUUGGUGCCGUCCAGAUGCCGGUCAGUAACUGCAGCCACUAUGACCUCUGUGUGGACUGUGUCCUGGCCAGAGAUCCUUACUGUGCCUGGGACUUCACCACCGAGAAGUGCUCCUCAGUCCGCAGCUUAUCGUCCUCCUCACAUGCUGCAUUACAGAGUCUGAAGGAAGGAGACAUCUCACAAUGUCCACAGCCAGAUCCAGUAGCAGCUGUGGACUUUACCCUAGUUCCAGGGAACAACAUCCAGCUGCCUUGCCAGCUCCACUCCAACUUGGCACAGGUCCUGUGGCGUUUCUCUGACCAAACACUUCACUCCAACAGCAAAUACUACAUCUACAGUGGGGGCCUCCUCAUCCUGAGUGCCUCUGAGUCAGACGCUGGUUUGUACACCUGCGACUCAGUAGAGCCGAUCAACAGCAAAACAUACAACCGGACUGUGGCGGUUUAUCAGUUACAGCUCCACUCUGGCCCAGGAGAAGGGGACAGUGCUACUCCUGGCAACGAGGUGGCAAAUUCCUCAGACUCUAUUCACGGUCUGAACACAGCUGCACCAGGGCUGGAGCCAAACCUGGACAGCAAGGACCCAUUGUCCCACGAGGAUCCUUUGUCCCCUGAGACCCAAAGUGACACCAGCAGGGUAACUCAUUUAGAGGUGGCUGUGGCUCUGCUGUCGCUGCUUUGUCUCUCCCUGAUGGGGGUCAUAUUUUGGAUCUGGGGUCAGGGACGCUGGGAGUGCUUCAAGUUUGCGCAGCGCAGCGGUGACAGUGAGGGGAAAAGGCAGUCAGCCGAAUACAUGCACAUCCAGAACCGAACUUCAGAGAUAAAGUUCCUGGGGCCUGUGUCUGGAAGACCAUGCAGUGCCAAUAAUAAUCACUCUGCUGUUGACUUCAAAGGGAAUGGGGAGCACCACUUCACACCUAUGGCCAACAUUUCAAGUCUGGAUGGUCUGGGAUACAUAAAUGAUGAGUCAGAGAUUUGACUCCGCUGAGGUAUAGAAUUCAGUCCGAGGCCGUCAACAGUGCACUACUCAUUUUCCCAUAGGUGUGCUCCUGUAGAAAAGCUUUUCCCAUUAUAAAUUCUUUUGAUUGGUGUCCUGUUUCUCCUUGCCAAUCUCCAGCACUGUCUAUCAUUUCUGGUCUCUGACUGGGCAGCUGAUGUUCACCGAAGAGACUUUACUGGUGGAAUUUCCACUCCAGGAAAAAGUUGGAAAGUCAUUUUUUAUACAUGUAUUUUUUGUAUAAUGAUAAAUUGUGUGUAAUAUAUUGUGUACAGGCGAGAGCUUUUUUUCAACUGCUAUUUAUUUGUUGCAAUGAAGUUUUUAUUUCAGCAAAUUAUAACACCUGUGAUCUAAGUCUUGUAAAUAGGGUCAGCAACACUGAACAAGUAGCAAACACUCUGACCUCUGAUUCCCAGGCACAUUUCAUUUUAUGGACUGCGUUCUGUUAAUGAUUGAUCAACAGCCUGCACUACUUAUUUCUGGGAUGCUGUAAAAAUGAUUUAUGUCUGCAUUCAAGGGGAGACACUACAGGUGAAUAGGGUAAAACUUUUAACUGGAAGGUAUGACCAUGAAACUUUCCCAGCUGUGUUAUUAAAUGUGCUCUUUUUACAUACAUUUUCAUAACAGAAAUCUGAACAUUGGAUAAAGCUAUGUGUAAAAUUGUUGUUUCUUUUUUUGACAAAUUGAGUCAAAUAUUUUACAGUAA